UGCACUUUUGGUAGACGACCCCAAAUACAUACCACGUCUUCCUCAAGGAUUGUCACGUUGAGUCGCAACCAUUCAUUCCAAUCUCACGAGACACAUCUGUUCGACUGCUCUCUUGUCUCAAUGGUCUCCGCGCUAUGAUCCUGCGGUAGUCCUGCAAACAUCUUCACCCUAAUUACUUGUGCCCGACUGGCAUCCUCGUCCCCUCGACAUCCCUGAACAUCUCACCACCAACCGCGACCAUUGCCAGCCGGAUCAUCGAGAUUACAACAUGAGUUACGCAAAGAAAGACGAGGAUGCCGAACCCUCUGGGUUCAAGCUGGACAGGACCUCUGUUUUCCAAGAUGGUAUUCCCGCCCGCUUCUCCAGAGGCUUCUCCUUUCCCUCCGAGAUACUGACCGUGUCCCAGCUCGACUCUUCAAUUCCUCCCCUAUAUCUCCUCGAAGAUGUCGGAUCCUCCUCACCAAGCUCGCCAUUCUCCUCUUCACCGGCGAGAAAUUCCCGACUAAUGAAGCCACCACCCUCUUCUUCGGUAUUUCCAAACUCUUCCAGAACAAAGACCCCUCACUACGCCAGAUGGUCUACCUCAUCCUCAAAGAGCUCGCCCAUACUGCCGAAGAUGUUAUCAUGUCAACCAGUAUCAUCAUGAAGGAUAUGACUGUGGGAAGCGAGAUUGUAUACAAGGCCAAUUCGAUUCGCGCUCUUUGCAGGAUCAUUGAUGCCACAACCGUGCAGGGCAUCGAACGUCUGAUCAAGACCGCCAUUGUGGACAAAUCCCCUGCGGUCUCCUCGGCUGCUCUGGUCUCAUCCUACCACCUGCUCCCCAUCGCAAGAGAUGCGGUCAAGCGAUGGCAAAGCGAAACGCAGGAGGCUGCCUCCUCGUCAAAAUCAGGAGGCGGCUUUCUCAGCUUCUCCACCAGUUCUCAACACUCCCUCGCCGCAUCGGGCACAAACUACAUGAAUCAGUACCAUGCCAUUGGCCUAUUGUACCAGAUCAGAUCGCACGACAGGAUGGCCCUCGUGAAGAUGGUCCAGCAAUAUGGAGCUGCCGGUGCGGUCAAGAGCCCUGCUGGUGUGAUGAUGUUGGUCCGCCUCGCAGCCAAACUUGCCGAAGAAGACCCUAACCUCCGGCAACCCAUGGUCACAAUGCUCGACACCUGGUUGCGCCAUAAGAGCGAAAUGGUGAACUUCGAAGCUGCAAAGGCCAUCUGCAACCUUCGCGAUGUCACUGACGCCGAAGCUGCACUAGCGAUCCGUGCUCUGCAGCCAUUCCUCACCUCUCCAAGGGCUGUUACCAAGUUUGCCGCUAUCCGAAUCCUGCAUACAUUUGCUUCCUUCAAGCCGCAAGCGGUACACACCGUAAAUCCGGACAUUGAGCCCUUGAUUUCCAACAGCAACCGGUCCAUCGCCACUUUUGCCAUCACCACCCUCCUCAAAACAGGCAACGAAGGCAGUGUUGAUCGACUGAUGAAACAGAUCUCAAGCUUCAUGGCCGAAAUCACGGACGAAUUCAAGAUCACCAUCGUCGAGGCCAUCAGGACACUGUGCAUGAAGUUCCCAAGUAAACAAGCCGGCAUGCUGACUUUCUUGAGUGGCAUUCUCAGAGACGAAGGUGGCUACGAGUUCAAGCGUGCCGUCGUCGAGAGCAUGUUUGACCUUAUCAAGUUUGUUCCUGGAAGUAAAGAGGAAACACUGUCUCACCUUUGCGAGUUCAUCGAGGAUUGUGAAUUCACCAAGUUGGCAGUUCGCAUCCUCCACUUGAUUGGCGUCGAGGGCCCAAAGACACCCCAGCCUACGAAAUAUAUCCGAUAUAUCUACAAUCGUGUCGUCCUCGAGAACGCACUCGUUCGAGCUGCUGCCGUGACGGCCCUCUCCAAAUUCGGCGUGGGUCAGAAAGACCCCGAAGUCAAGAAGAGUGUCGAGGUCUUGUUGACCAGGUGUUUGGACGAUACGGACGACGAAGUUCGAGAUCGAGCCGCACUGAAUUUGCGACUGAUGCAAGAAGAGGAUGAAGUUGCCGAGCGAUUCAUCAAGAAUGAUUCCAUGUUUAACCUUUCUACGUUUGAACACAAGCUUGUCAUGUAUGUGACUUCGGAGGAUAAGUCCGUUUUCGCUACAGCCUUCGAUAUCAAGACUGUUCCCGUCGUUUCACAGGAGCAAGCUUUGGCAGAGGAAAGGACGAAGAAGCUCACAACAGCAACGCCAACCCUCAAAGCGCCGUCGACAGGACUCGCAAAACCAAAGACAAACGGCCUCAGCGAUUCUCCAUCAGCUCCAAUGGUUGCACAAAAAUAUACUCAAAUCUUUUCGAGGAUACCGGAGCUCGCGGCCUAUGGACAAGUUCUCAGGUCCAGCACAGUGGUGGAGCUUACAGAAAGCGAGACCGAAUACGUCGUUUCUGCCGUCAAGCACAUCUUCCAAGAACAUGUCGUCAUCCAGUACGAUAUCAAAAACACACUGGAUCAAACAGUGCUCGAGAAUGUUACGGUCAUGGCCUCGCCAUCUGAAGACGAGGAGGCUUUCUUAGAGGAAGAAUUUAUCAUCCCAGCUCCCGCACUUAAAACCAACGAGCCAGGUGUUGUUUACGUUGCGUUCAAGAAGCUGGAUGGCGAACAACCAUUCCCCAUCACUACCUUUAGCAACGUCUUGAAAUUCACCAGCAAAGAAGUAGACCCCACAACAGGCGAACCUGAAGAGAGCGGCUACGAAGAUGAAUACGAGGUUGAGAAUCUGGAGCUUACAGGAGCGGAUUACGUUGUCCCGGCCUAUGGUAGCAGUUUCGACCAUGUCUGGGAAGGCACGGGAGCCAAUGGCGAGGAAGCAAGCGAAACGCUGCAAUUGGCAACAAUCAAGAGUCUAGCUGAUGCCACGGAACAAAUCUCCAAGACCUUAUCUCUCCAACCCCUCGAGGGCACAGAUGUUGUUCUCUCAAACACGACACACACCCUCAAGCUGUACGGCAAGUCUGUCACCGGCGGCCGGGUGGCAGCACUGGUCAAGAUGGUCUUUUCUGCCCGUACAGGCGUCACUGUCAAGGUGUCGGUGCGGUCAGAUGAGGCUGGCCUGGCGGCCGCCGUCGUUGGUGCUUUGGCCUAGGAGGUUCACUGUCCGUUCAGUAUUGUAUCUAGAGCACGUCGUCGUGCAGGACACUGCAGCGUCGGCGGCAUCGGCAUCAACAAUACAUCCGACAGAGAUUCUCCCGUCAUUGCCGUGUCCGUCGCUAUCAUGCAGCAGGAGACAUAUGGAGAAAGCAAGCGAACUAAACACGUCCGGUGGAUUGACCGCUGCGCCAUCAGUGACGAACGGUGACGACAAUUUAGAAUGAAAAGUGAGAGUCGGGGUUGGUGACCACGGUCAUGGUCAUGGUCAAGUCCCAUGAAUGGGUGACAAUUCAUGUUCGACACACAUUUGUAUGACAGAGUGCAGAGUACAGGUGAUUGAGUGGAGAUUUUUGAAAUGAAAUGAAACAACGGCGCUCGAGGAACCAACCGCAACCGCAUAGUCUAACGCCAUUGCUAGCGAAAACAAAAAGAUUGUUCCCAAUAACGUGAUGAAAAAUGAUUUGAC